UGCUUCGAAGUACGAAAUGUAAAAUGUAAACAUGAAGGUGAACAUGCCAAGGUAAAUCGUGAAUUAGUCAGCAUAGAUUUAUCACUAUGCUUAUAAAACUGAAGGGUAGUAUUUUUUCAAUGCCUAAUAUUAUUCACAUUUCAAAGAGCUUAUUGAAAAAUAGCACAAGUGUUUAUAAUCAAAAUUUUAACAGGCAUUAUAGAUGGACUAGCUGCUUACAAAAUCGUAAUUGUCAAAUUCCUGGCAAUGUAAAUCCAGAAUUAAAGUCACAGUCAGAAAAAAAUGAACAUGCUUGGGUUGGACCUGCUCAUCCUGUAUCCAAUUUAAGGCUAAGAAUCUUUCCCAGCUCACAGGGCCUGACAGAUGAAGAACGAUACUUUUAUGAUAAAUGCAAAGAAACUCAGGAUUGGCAUCAACAGUAUUGGGAAGCUCAUAACAAAGAUUUUGAUGAGUCCAAAAAAGCAUACAUUGAUAAAUUAUCAAAGGAAAGGAAACUUGAGGAAGAUCGGCCAUUGAUGACAGAAGAAAUGUCAUUAUUUUACAGGGAUUUCUUGGAUAAAAAUCGCAAGAAACACUUGGCAUAUAACUGGGCUUGGUACAAGAAAAAUGUGUACUUACUGAUAUUAGCUGUAAAAGCUAACUGGUCUAAACUGAAAAAAGUAUUAAAGAAAGCAUGAUAUUUUGUUAAAGCCAUCAAAUAUUUAUUGUUAUAUUAUUUGUUGUAAAUAAAUACAUUUUAAAAUA